UAUGAAAGAAAUGAAUUUAUCAGGGCACGUUCUGGUCCACCACAAACUAUUCAGUGUAUGGUACACAGGUGACAGAAACACUUAUGUAAAGUAGUGUCAGUUUAUGUACAAGCUGCCAUGCCGCAAAAGAAAACCACUUUGACAAGUGAAAAUGUCCCUAAAAAGGAGCGAAGAUCUAUCACAUUGCAGAAAAAAAUGGAGGUUAUUCGCAGAAUGGAAGGUGGUGAAACGCGUGCUAAUGUGUGUAGAAAUAUGAAACUACCUCCAUCCACUGUGACUACCAUAAUAAAAAAUGCAGAUAAAAUAAAAGAGUCAGUAAAACAUUCUACACCAGUAAGUGCAGCACAAACAAGAUACACCAGAUGUAAACUUUUAGAAAAAAUGGAGAAGUUAUUGUCACUGUGGGUAGAUGACUUAAAUACAAAAAACAUUCCAAUGACUCAAGCUGUUAUUACUGACAAGGCAAAGUCAAUUUUUGAAGAGCUUAAGAAAAAAGAAGGUGGAGAUGAGAAUUUUUUGGGUAGUAAGGGAUGGUUCAUGCGAUUUAAAAGUCGGAACAAGUUCCGCAGUGUAAAACUUACUGGGGAGGCAACAAGUGCAGAUGCUGAGGCUGCUGCAGCAUUUCCUGCAAAGUUUCAAGCCAUUGUACAGGAAGGUAAUUAUCCUCCUGAUCUAAUUUUUAAUGUUGAUGAGACUGGGCUUUAUUGGAAGAAAUUGCCACCAAGAACGUUCAUCUCCCGUGAAGAGCAGUCUGCACCAGGUUUCAAGCCUGCAAGAGAUAGGCUAACACUUCUGCUAGGAGCAAAUGUCUCUGGUACUUUAAAAUUAAAACCAAUGUUGGUGUACCAUUCCCAGACACCCCGUGCUCUCAAGGGCCUAAACAAAGCCAUGUUGCCAGUCUACUGGAGGUGGAACAAGAGGGCUUGGGUUACACAAGAAAUCUUUUUGGAUUGGUACACAAAUUAUUUUUGCCCCACUGUGCAUCGUUUUUGUCAAAAAAAUAAGUUACCAUCCAAAGCUAUUCUUCUCUUAGAUAAUGCCCCAUGCCAUCCUGAAAAUUUGAAUGCAGUUAAAACACCUCUGGAUGUCAAUGUUGUUUACAUGCCACCAAACAUCACAUCAGAUUUGCAACCUAUGGACGAAGGUAUUAUAGCAACAUUCAAAGCUUAUUACCUCCGCCAAACCUUCACAGAAAUGGUGAGAGUUUUGGACAGAUCAGAUACAACUAUCAAAGAUUACUGGCAUUCAUUCAACAUUUUGAAGGGCAUUAAUAACAUUAAUGCAGCUUGGGAGGAAGUCACAGUGAACUGUUUAAAUGGAGUGUGGCGCAAACUUUUACCAGAAUGUAUACACAACUUAACAAGCGUAGAGCCAUUGGAAAACAUUGUUGAAGAUGUUAGUAGGCUGGCACAAGAAGCUGGGCUGAGUGAAGUUACAACUGAUGAUGUAACAGAGCUAUUGGAUAGCCAUGAACAGCAGCUUUCCAAUGAAGACUUGGAAGAACUGGCCGAAGAACUAAUCCAGCAGAAUGAGGAGGAAAAAGAUGAGGUGGAAGAGGUUCCCCUAAAAUCUAUGAAAACAAAUGACCUACAGCGUAUCCUUUCAGCCAUGGAAACCCUCACUGAUGAGCUCUGUGAAAUUGAUCACGACUGGCAGCGAAGUGCUAUAGUGAAAAUGAAUGUAAUGUCAUCUCUUGUCCCUUACUCUGACAUUCUCCAAGAAAGAAAAAGUCAAUCUCAGCCAUCAAUACUGCAUGCUUUCAUUUAAAAAAGGAAGAUCCUCAAUCAGAAUCUUCUUAGAGUAGUAACAUCUCUGCAUCACGCUACUGUUGUCAGUGCAGAGGCCUUACAGUUUUGUUUGCAGAAAUGUGUUGUACUAAACCCAUUUUUUUUUAUUAAACUUAGUUUGAUGAUA